AUGGUUCUCGUUGAGGAACUCUCCGACGUAUCAACUUCACAUGAAGAAAAUGAAGCUUACUCAUCCUCCUACGAUGAUGAUGACCAAUCUUUAACCCCAUCCAUGGUCUUCGACCAAAUCAUGGGACCCACUGUGACGCUUCCAUCUCACGAACACCCUUUACACACCCACGGUAGCAGCAACGGUCACUGCGACGGUUGUCCUGAACUUAGAGACAACGGUCUCAACGGCUACAACUGCCAUACAUGCGGCUUCACCGUCCACAAAGAAUGUGCUGAGUCAUCACCAGAAAUCAACCAUCCUUCUCACCAGAGACAUUCUCUAACACUCCUCACACAUGGCUUGCCACUAGUAGCUCAGGACGAUAAAUGCCGUCUAUGUGGGGAAAAUCUUGGUAAACUAGUCUAUCACUGUUCCAUCUGUAAUUUCAGUUUAGAUCUACUUUGUGCUCGAAACCCUCUUGAGCUAGUAGUUUACUACCGUAAAGGCCAUGAACAUACACUCACUCUCAUGCCAAGGCUCAUACGCUUCACUUGCAAUGCAUGCGGUCUUGAAACGGAUCGAUCUCCUUACGUUUGUCCUCAGUGUGAUUUCAUGAUCCAUGAAGAUUGUAUAUACUUACCACGUGUCAUAAGCAUUAUACGUCACAAGCAUCGUAUCUCUCGCAGUUAUUUUCUUGGUAUUGGAGAUUGGAUAUGCGGAGUUUGUAGAAGAAGAAUAGAUGGUAGAUAUGGAGCGUAUUCUUGCACGAUAUGUUCGGAUUAUGCUGUUCAUUCAAAAUGCGCCACGAGGAGGGACGUGUGGGAUGGGAGAGAGCUUGAGGACGUGCCAGAAGAAGAAGAUGAAUGUGAAGAACCUUUUAGGGUUGUGAGUGAUGGAGUGAUAAAUCACUUUAGCCAUCGAGAGCAUGACUUAAGACUUGAGUAUGGUCUUACGAAUAUUAUCCACGACGAAGAUAUACGUUGUAGAGCGUGUGUACGUCCGGUUUAUUCUAAUCCAUUCUACGAGUGUAAGCAAUGUGAUGAUUUCAUUCUCCAUGAAACAUGCGCAAACCUUCCUCGGAAGCAACGUCAUGUGCUACACAACCAUCAACUGACUCUAUGUACUGAUGAUAGCAUCGUCAUGGAUUUUCCGAUGACACGUGGAAUAUUCUUAUGCUCUGCUUGUGACCGGCUGUGCAGCGGUUUCAGGUACGAAUGUUGUGAUAUCAAAUUAGAUGUACGUUGCGGUUCCAUAUCCGAACCGUUUCUCUACGAAUGCCAUCCACAUCCUUUCUUCCAAACUUCACUAGAUAGCAAGAUUUGCGUGGUUUGCAAGGAAGAGUCAAGUUAUGUUCUUACUUGUAUGGAUUGCGACUUUGUUUUGGAUUUCAAGUGUGCUACUCUACCAUAUACAGUAAGGUACAAAUGCGAUAAGCAUCCUCUCAAGUUAUGCUACGAUGGAGAUAAGGACAUUACCGGUACUUACUGGUGCGAGAUAUGCGAGAAAGAAAUGGAUCAGAGGAUAAUGUUUUACACUUGUGAAAGUUGUGGUCCGACUAUUCAUAUUGAUUGUGUACUCGGAGACUUCAGGUAUGUGAAGCCUCGGAUGUGUUUUGAGUUCAAUGGAAAGAAAUGGAAAGUGGCUUUGAAUGGUGUAAAUCGACCAGGAUGUUACAAGUGUGGCUUUCGUUGUAAGGGACCUUUUGUUGUGGUGAGUGUAGACUAUGAUGAUUCUUAUGUUUGUUCUCUUUUAUGUCUAUGGAAAGGAGAGACGCUUGUAUUCGAUAGUAUAAGAGAUUGA